AUGGCGAUUGGCCUGGCAGCUCUGGGUCUCCUCGCUUUCCUGCUCGGCUUCUCGGGAUCCUUUGCCGAAACUCAAAACUCGGAGCGAGCCGCCAAGUGCUCCCUGACCGGCAGCUGGAAGAAUGACCUCACCUCCACCAUGGAGAUCAACAGCGUCAGUAACACGGGGGUGUUCAGCGGCGUCUACAAAACGGCAGUCUCGGACUCUGGCCUGCUCAUCCGGCCAUCCCCGCUUGUGGGUGUCCAGCACCUGGGGGACCUGCCCGUCUUUGGCUUCACCGUCAACUGGAGCUUCGAUGGCUCCACCGCAGUCUUUGCGGGCCAGUGUCUGGUGGACGAGAACGGAAAGGAGCUGCUGAAGACAACCUGGCUGUUGCGUGCAAAGAUGGGAUCCACAGCAGAGGAUUGGGGGGCGACCCGCGUUGGCACAGACACCUUCUACCGCAUCAAAUGA